CCGGAGCCUCCUGUGGGUGUAUGUAUGUGGCUGGUGAGCGUCAGUGUGCUCCGCCGUAAGUUUCCGCCGGUUGAAGCAUGGAGGAGUUAGCCAGAGAGAGCAUCAGCCUGCUGGCUUCAGCCUCAGCCAAGCCCCCGCUGGACGUGGCCGCCGGGCCCAGGCUCGGCUCCAUGGGGGCCAUUUUCAUCAUGCUGAAGUCCGCCUUGGGCGCCGGGCUCCUCAACUUCCCCUGGGCCUUCGAGAGAGCCGGGGGCAUCCGCAGCGCGGUCACCGUCGAGCUGGUCUCCCUGGUGUUCCUGGUCAGCGGGUUGAUCAUCCUCGGCUACUCGUCGUCCAUCACUGGCCAGUGCACGUACCAGGCGGUGGUGAAGGAGGUGUGCGGGCCGGCCAUCGGUCAGCUGUGUGAGAUCUGCUUCAUCUUCAACCUCUUCAUGAUCUCUGUGGCCUUCCUGGUGAUCCUGGACGACCAGCUGGAGAAGCUGUGCGGCUCACUGUACGAGCUGAUCACUGGUCUGCCGGAGUCAGAGAUGCCGUACCACGUGUACACGGACCAGCGCUUCAGCCUGGUGCUGCUCUGCGUCCUCCUCAUCCUGCCGCUGUCCAUCCCCAAAGAGAUCAGCAUCCAGAAAUACAUCAGUGUCCUCGGCACUCUGGCUGCAACCUACCUGACCGUUGCAAUCAUCAUCAAAUACCACACCAUGCCUUCUGUUCUGGUUCACGUCACCCCCCUCUACACUAGUGGGAUCAGCUCCUGGGCCUCCACAUUCAGCGUCAUCCCGACCAUCUGCUUCGGUUUCCAAUGCCACGAGGCAUCCAUCGCCAUCUACAGCAGCAUGGAGAACCAGCGGCUCUCUCACUGGGUCUUCAUCUCCGUGGUCUCCAUGAUCUUCUGUCUGGUCAUCUACUCCCUCACAGGGGUUUAUGGCUACCUGACAUUUGGAAAGGACGUGAAGGCCGACAUCCUGAUGUCGUACACCGGAGAUGACAUUCUGAUGCUGAUCGCCAGGCUGCUGUUUGGGAUCUCCAUCAUCACCAUCUACCCCAUCAUCCUGCUGCUGGGCAGGUCGGUGAUCCAGGACCCCCUGCUGAGCUGGCGGCGGAGGCGAGACGGCGUGGUGGCGACGGAGUUUGAAAGCCGCAGCCGCUACAUACUGACGGUCUUAUGGAUCACGGUGACUCUGCUCAUCGCCACGUUUGUACCAGACAUCAGCAAGGUCAUCAGCGUCAUCGGAGGGAUCAGCGCCUUCUUCAUCUUCAUCUUCCCGGGACUCUGCUUGAUGUUUGCCAUGCAGUCUGAGCCGGUGUCGUGUAAAACCAGAGUGGUGCUGACGGCCUGGGGGGUGGUGACCUUGCUCUGCGGAGCUUUCAUCUUCGGCCAGAGCACCACCAUCGCCGUCAUGCAGGUCCUCGGAAAGAUCUGACUCCUCCUCCUCCCUCACUGAUCCAGGGGUUUCUCAUGGAGACGGCGGUGAUGAGAUCUUAAAUUUCUCCCUAACGAGGCCAUGGUUUAAUCAUGGACACCACAGACUUCAACAAUGGACAUGACCCCUGACCUUUCAAGAAGUCCCUCAAGUCUUGCUACUCAUCCCAAUGGACUAAAGCCCACUUUGAUUAGUUGCCCCUGA